UAAAGAAGUGGGUAUUGCAUUAUCGAAAGCGGAAAUUUUAUUUAUAAAUAACUACGUUUCCUUCUUUUUCUCAUUCAUGUUAUAUUUCAGCAAUAUUGAAAACUUUUGAAAUUUAACUAUGGGAAAUACUUCGUCGACAGCAGACAAGGUUCAUAAGGAAAUAUUUGUGGAACAGAUCAACCAAGAAAUAGUCUCAAGCUCCACUGAUGCGUUAGUAGUAUUUGUGGAUACCAGUUGGAGUCAGGAUGAUGAAAUAAUAAAAGUUUUGGCAGCUAUUGGAAAAAACAAGUUUGUUUCUGAAUGGGACAAACUAAAACAGCAGAAAGCUAAUAACUGUCAGGUUGGAGAUGUAUUUCGCGUUCCUUCCGGUGGUAUCCAGUGUCGCCAUCUACUAUUUGCAGUUUGGCGGGACGGAGAUGCAAAAGAUACGACCGAUGUUCAGUUUAGUUUUAUUGUACAAAAUAUGCUGGAGAGAGCGAAAGGAUUGGACGAUAAAGUUUGCAACAUAGCUAUUCCAAUGGGCGAUGGUAUGGACAUAGAAACCCACGUAAAGAUAAUGAACAACGUUUUUCUUUGGUUGAUGGGGCUAAAUUCAGACACUACCACACAUAUACAUUUCCUUGCUUCAAGCCUUCCCGUGAAAGAAGUUCUUGAGAAUGCAUUGCAGAACUUUAAGGAAUUUACCCAGAAAGAACUCACUGACACGACGAAUGACGAGUCUGAAGAUAGUGGUGACGCAACACCUCAAACUCUAAUAGGAGUCGACAUGGCUAGACCCUCAGAGGAAGACCUAAAUGGAUAUGAUGAAAAUGACGUCUCCGAUAAUGAUGACAAUGAUGAUAACACUAGAUGGGAUGAGUAUCCGAACAAUACACAGAGAGAACAUGUUCUUAGAAUGUCAUCUGAAAGCAGUGGUGAGGAAUUAAUUCAAUUUAGAAAAAAUGUGGACAAGUUUCCCGAGAAGGAAAGUAUAUGGAAAUAUUACGCUGGUACACACGAUGACUUUGAAACCAUUAAGCGUACAAAACGUCCAAAAUCUGUAAUAUUUGAUGAAGUUGCAGACGAAUAUUCUAUGGAGGGGAGACCAGUGCAAAGAACUCUAUCACAGUCAAGUGUUGAUGAAGUGAUGUUGGACUUCCCAAAUUAUCCAUCAAAACGCAAAAUAAGACGACCGAGAAAACCUAAGCAUAAAACCCCAGAAGUUCCACCAUCUCCACCACCAACAGAAGCAUUCUUCUGUAGUAUCUGUCAGUCGAGAAAACAAGUAUCCGGCAAACGGGUUUUAGAAAAAUGUGGACACGAGUUUUGUUCCGAAUGCAUUAAAAAAUAUUUUGAAGACGUAAAACCUUCCUGUCCCAACUGUAACACAUUUUAUGGCAAACCUCUUGGUAACCAGCCCUGGGGUGUCAUGUCAUGCAGGACUGUGAACCAGUACCUUCCUGGUUUCCCUGGAACUGACACUAUCAUAAUUGAGUACGACAUUCCAGACGGAGUUCAGACGGAGAGACAUCCAAACCCUGGUGUGAAGUUUAAAGGAGCCCAUCGAACAGCAUACCUGCCUGAUAAUGAACAAGGCAGACUCAUCCAUAGAAUGCUAAUGAAAGCAUUUGACCAACAGCUGAUCUUUACAGUUGGGAAAUCAGCUACCUCAGGCCGAGAUAAUGUCGUAACGUGGAACGAUAUCCACCAUAAAACACGUGCCGAUGGAGGUCCAGAAAGAUAUGGCUAUCCCGAUCCAGAAUAUUUAGACAGAGUAUAUGAACAGUUGACAAAAAGUGGUGUAACCGACGACGACUGAUUUAUGUCCAUUAAGUUGUGUGUUUAAAUGAUAUUUGAAUUUGCUUUACUGUGAUUAAAACCACAUUCAACUUUAAAAUUAUCUGUAGAUGUAUGUAAAUGGCUAGCAUUCAUCAAAUAACUUUAUUGCUUACCUUUUUAACUCGAAAAGCCAUACAACGUAAUGUUAGAUCCAGAGAUUUAAAAAAAGAAAGGGUUCUAUAGUGUACCAUCUGGAAAGGGGGCGAUUGAUGAAUUCCAGCCUAAUGUGGUAGGUUUUAAGUUAAAUGCAGACGAAAGGGAGGGGGUCUAACGAUCUGUCAGUGCAUCAUAAAUAAACAACAAGGAUCAUCUACACUACGCCCCUUUGAUUGGAAAAUAUAUAAUUUGUUUAAAUAAAAUCGUCAUUUUUUAUAUAUAAUAUAAUCACUUUUCUUGAAUUACACCCCUUUCAAAAAUACUGAUAUAAUCUGCACGAGAGAAAGAAAUAGUUGAACUUUUUUAUGUAAGGCUUACAAAAAGGGAUAUUUCAUAACGAAUGCAUUAUAAAGCAAAAUAAAUAUAUAUAUAUGAUAGUACAUGCAUUUUUAAAAUACAGGCUGCACAUAAACUGGAGAUACUAGUAGAUAGUAAAAACAAUGUAACAAUCACAGAUUAUAAAAUUAAAGAUUUUUUUCUUUGAUUUAUCAUAAUUUGAGUCUCAUUCUUUUACAUUAUAUAUUGUUAUUAUCAUAUGUACUGUAAUGUCAAUAUGAUUGUUUUGUUUGAUCAAUUGUUAAUGAAUGUACGUGUUUAAAGGACUAUAUGAUUUUUUUGCAUUUUAUUUUUAUAGAUAUAAAUGUAAUUUUAAGGAAUUUAAUGAAGUGCAAAACAUCAUCAAAGAUACCCUGCUAAAAAAUUAGUCCAUCAGACGCGUUUCGUCUACCUGUCUACCUGUCUACCUGUUAAACGUUUCCUCUACAUAAGACUAGGCAUAUUUACUCAUGAUUAACUAAAUGAGACGAACUUUAUAGUAUGAUCGUUAUAAUUUAUAAUUCCAACGAACUGUUCGGAAAGAUUUUUUUUUUUAAAUAAAUGGUUAUUUAGCAGUACUAUUUGGGGUAGGAUUCCUAAUUCCAACGCAAUGUUCGGAAAGAUUUUUUUUUAAAUAAAUGGUUAUUUAGCAGUACUAUUUGGGGUACGAUUCCUGCCCAAAACGUCAUAAAAUUGAAAUAAUCAGCUUAUAAUUUUUACCAGAUUUCAGAACGUUGACUAAAUAAUUUCAAGAUUAAUUUACAUACAAAAUAUAAAUAAUUAUAUUUAAAAAUUGAAUGUUUCUGUUUGUAAUUUUAUUGAAGUGUAAAAACGUUGACCAAAGCACAUUUUGUAUGUGGCGUGGAAGCACUUCAUACUAAAAAUGUUGACACGAUCAACGAUUUAGCAAUCCUAGAAAAUUACAAAAAGAAGCUUUCAAUUCUUAUAAUUACAUUUAUAUGCUACAACUAUGAACUUCUAUGUCAUUUGGUCUCUAGUGGAGAGUUGUCUCAUUUGCAAUUAUACCACAUCUUCUUAUUAUAUGAAAUUACGAAUUAUAUCAAGAUUUUCAUUUGUUUUCCUCUGCAAUGCAGUGACGUUGUCAUGAGAAGCACGUGCAGUUAUGAACGUUGAAUUCCAUUUGGAAUACAAUUUGAUUUUGGAAUGCUUCACUAAUUGCUUUCAGACAAUUGAAAGUACGGAUUCGUUUGAAACAUACAUGUGAUGUGAUUAUUAUGAAUUAAAAGGUAUCUAUCAGAA